AGUGUCUAUAUCUGUUGUCUCAGCAAGAGUGUUCUUUCCCUAUAGUCUGUGUCUCCACAGAGGUGUCUAUAUCUGUGUUUCACAGAGUGUCUAUAUCUGUGGUCUACAUCAGAGUGUCUAUAUCUGUGAUCCUCUCACCAAGUGUCCCUAUUAUCUGUGGUCUCACAGAGUGUCCUACUAUUGUAUUCUUCCCUCACAGAGUGUUCUAUAUACUGAUGUCUCACAGAGGUGGCUAUAUCUGUGUCAAUCACCAGAGUGCUUAUUUCUGUGUCUCACCGAGUCGUCUCUAUCUGUAUCUUCACAGAGUUUGUACCUAUAAUUCUGUGUCUCACACAGACUGUCCUAUAUCGAGAGUGGCUAUAUCUGUGUCUCCACAGAAGUGGUCUGAUAUCUGUGGUCUUCACCGAGUGGCUAUAUCUGUGUCUUACAGAGUGUCUAUAAUCUGUGUCUCACUCAGACGUGAAAUCCUAUAUCUGUGGUCUUACACGAGUGGCUAUACUCUUGUGUCUCACCAGUGUGUCUAUAUCUGUGUUCCACAGUGUGUCUAUAUCUGUGUCUCACAGAGUGUCUAUAUCUGUGUCUCGAGUGUCUAUCUCUGUGUCAUCACAGAGUGCUCUAUAUCUGUGUCAUCACAGAGUAGUUCUGAUACUCUGUGUGCUCAACAGAGAGAGUGGUUCUAUAUACUGGUGUCUCACAGAAGUGGACUAAGUGUCUAUAUCUGUAUACCCACAGCAGUUGUCUAUAUUGUCCUCACAGAGUGUCUAAUAUCUGUGUCUUCACAGAGAGGCUAG